AUGUCUUCCAGUUGCUCUAGUAUCCAACCCAUAGAGUGGACCACAGACUGCAAGGAUCAGAAUUAUGAUGGUAUAAUCCUGGUCGCUCAGAGCUGUGACAAACUCCCCCCUGAGCUGGAGUGUCUUAAAGGACCGCUGGAAGACUACAGCUCCGUGGACAGUGGAUUGGGAGAGGAAGUCGUGGUUCUCAAGGUUCCCGGUGUUCCUGGCAACAGGGUGGUGUUUGCACCCACGGGCCCAGUGAACAGAGACUACGAUGAUGUCAGGCGAUUUAGCGAUGCAGCCGUCAACGGGGUCAAGAGGGCUUUGAAAGCUGGUAUGCAGCGCCCUCUUCUGGUUUGUCCUGCUCACAGCAGCUAUGAGAAAUGCACUCUAGUGGCUUUGCUGGGAGCUUUGCACGCACUGUACAUGCCCCUGGAGAUCAGGGAGGUGAAACCCUCCCCUCACAAAGUGGCUGUACUGGGUGUGUGGGCUAAGGAUGAGAGCCAGGGUAAAGAGAUCAAAGAACUGGCCUCUGCCCUGGAGAGCGGCAGGUUUGUUUAUCGUGACAUCGGGGGGUCGGAUCCUGAGAGAAUGGCCGCGCCCCGUGUGGCUGAGUAUGUUCAGGCUCUCUUUAAGGACAGCCCCGUGGAGGUGACGGUUGUGAGUGAUUUGACUGUACUGGAGAAGGAGUAUCCCUGCCUGGCUGCUGUUAACCGCUGUGCCAACGCGGUACCUCGUCACCAGGCACGAGUAAUCAAACUGCAGUACUGUGGAGAGGGGCCUGUUCAGCGCACGCUCAUGUUAGUGGGCAAGGGCAUCACCUACGACACAGGUGGAGCUGACAUCAAGGCUGGUGGGAUAAUGGCAGGAAUGCACAGGGAUAAGUGUGGAUCUGCGGCAGUGGCUGGUUUCUUUCAGAUCUUGGCCAAACUCAAGCCCAAGCACCUUAAAGUGGUGGGUGCCAUGGCGAUGGUUCGGAACAGCGUUGGCUCAGACUGCUACGUGGCGGAUGAGUUGGUGGUGUCCCGUGCGGGGCGGAGGAUUCGCGUGGGGAACACAGACGCUGAGGGCCGCAUGGUUAUGGUGGACCUGCUCUGUGAGAUGAAAGAGAAGGCGGCACUGGAGACGGCCCCUGAGCUGUUCACCAUUGCUACUCUGACAGGACAUGCCAUCAGAGCCAUGGGACCCCACUACAGUAUCAUCAUGGAUAAUGGGCCAGCCUCCCGUAAUGGAAACGCCUCAAAGUGGCAGAAAGCUGGGGAGGUGCUAGGUGACAUGUUUGAAGUGUCCACUAUCCGUCGGGAGGACUACGAGUUUCACCGCGGUAAAUCUGAGUAUGAGGAGAUCCUCCAGUCUAACAACCUGCCGUCCAGCGCUACUCCCCGCGGUCACCAGACCCCUUCUGCCUUCCUUAUCAUGGGAUCCGGCCUGGACAAGCACGGCGUCGACUCGGACAGCCCGCUGCCUUACUCCCACGUUGACAUCGCCGGUUCCAGCGGCCCCUUCCCGGGCGUCCCCACCGGAGCCCCGAUCGUCGCCAUGGCGACCCACUACAUCCUGCAGAAGAACUAAAGACCCGUCGAAGACUCGACCGUCCAGCCGUCCUGCCCUCCUCCUCCUCCCUUACUUUACGCACCAUAAACGGUUUUCUCCGUGCAUACAAGCCAUGUAUUCAUUUAUAUCCAUCCCUUCGUUUAUUGAUCUGUCCGUCCUCUCUACCUCUCAUCCCUCCAUUCAACAUAUCCAUGGGCACUUUUGAUGUAUUAAGUCCACGGGGCUACUCCUCACUGCCUCCUUUACCUCUUCCAUCCCUCCAUCUAUCCGUCCAUCCUAGUUUUAAUAUCAAGUUUUAUUAUCAGUAUCAAGUGCUGUCCAUCCUCACAGUGUCAUGGUUACAAAAUACCUCACAGUGAGUGAAUAGUAAUGGUGAGAAUGAAAGUGGCAGAAAAACAUCUUGUAAAUCCAUCCGUUUUUGUACUUCAUACUUUUUCUGGAUGAGUGACGCAACUGUGUAUGU